AACUUUCCGAUAGUUUGUUUCAAGUUUUUUAAUAAUAUUUAUUGUAGUAAUCCAUAAUAUUCACCUUGCAGGCAUCAUCUGCAUUAGAUAUUACGUAUAAAAUUAUUACUGAAGCGCCAUGGCAUCUCACGUAGCUAAAUCUUUACUAAAAGCUACCCAUGUUGGAUCGACUGCAAAAUUUGAUACCGCCCGCCGAGCCCUCAGUGUGGGAGCUGCCCUACAACAGAAAAAGACUCUCCAGGACCGCACAGGAAAGAAUGUAGUCCUCGUGGAUGGAGUCAGAACUCCAUUCCUAGUGUCGUUCACUGAUUAUGCCAGGAUGAUGCCUCAUGAGUUAGCUCGACAUGCUUUGCUAGGUCUUCUGCAAAAAACUGGAAUCUCUAAAGACAUUAUUGACUACAUUGUGUACGGGACAGUUAUCCAAGAGGUGAAAACUUCCAACAUUGGCCGCGAGGCGGCGCUGGCGGCCGGAUUCAGCGACCGAACUCCCGCACACACUGUCACCAUGGCGUGUAUAUCAUCUAACCAGGCUAUCACCACCGGUAUCGGCAUGAUAGCAGCGGGCGCGUACGAGGUGAUUGUGGCCGGUGGUGUAGAGUUCAUGUCUGAUGUUCCCAUCCGCCACUCGCGCAAGAUGAGAUCUUUACUGCUGAGACUGAACCGUGCCAAGACUCCCGCUCAGAGGCUGUCUCUCCUCGCCACAAUACGACCUGAUUUCUUCGCACCAGAGUUGCCAGCGGUGGCCGAGUUCUCGUCUGGUGAGACGAUGGGUCACAGCGCGGAUCGCUUAGCGGCCGCCUUCAACGCGUCGCGCGCCGAACAAGACGAGUACGCGCUCCGGUCGCACACUAACGCGCAUAACGCCCAGCAGAAGGGAUACUUCACAGACCUCAUACCCGUCAAAGUCGACGGCAAAGAUGGUCUAGUGGAUAAAGACAACGGUAUCCGCGUGUCCACUCCGGAACAACUCGCCAAGUUGAAGCCCGCCUUCAUCAAACCACAUGGCACCGUCACCGCUGCCAAUGCAUCAUUCCUGACUGACGGUGCGUCUGCAUGUCUGGUAAUGUCGGAGGCUAAGGCAAAGGAGCUCGGCCUGAGGCCUAAAGCGUAUCUGCGAGACUUCCUCUAUGUUGCACAGGACCCCGUAGAUCAGCUGUUGUUGGGUCCCGCAUACGGCAUCCCCAAGAUCUUGGACAAAGCCGGUCUUAAAAUGAACGACAUUGACUCCUGGGAGAUCCAUGAGGCGUUCGCUGGUCAAAUCCUGGCUAAUCUAAAAGCGUUGGAUUCAGACUGGUUCUCGCAGACUUACUUGGGACGUCAGUCGAAGGUGGGCAAUCCUGACAUGAAGAAGUGGAACGCGUGGGGUGGCUCGCUCUCUAUCGGACAUCCAUUCGCCGCCACCGGGGUUCGUUUAGCUAUGCACACAGCAAAUCGUCUAGUGCGCGAAGACGGUCAGCUGGGCGUGAUAUCCGCGUGCGCGGCCGGCGGACAGGGCGUCGCCAUGAUACUAGAGAGGCAUCCCGACGCCACCGCCGACUAGACCGCAACCGCCAGGGGACAGACGCUACCAGGGGAUUGAUACCACCAGGGGAUGGAUACCAACGCGUCGGCUACAUUCUCACUCUAUACUUAUAGACUGCCCGUGGUUUUACUAUUUAGUUUUAAAUUUAAAAAAAAAAACCCAAGUGCCCGUUUUUAGCAGACAAUUUGUACAGAUAGAACUUCAAACAUUUUUUCGUGAGUCUUUACUAUUUGCCACGGGAAGACUAAUUAUAAUGAGGACAAGGGGAUCUAGUUACUUUUGAAUUUGGAAGACUCUUUUUUUAAUAAUUUAUUGUAAAUAAAUUAACUAAAUACAUUUAAAUUAUGCUGAGAUUGUUAUAAACAAGUUAUAGUGCAAAUAUAAAUUUUGUUAAUGCAUGAAUGUAAACUACACCAAAUAAUCAUUGGCUUAUUGUAUUCCUUACUUUCUUUUAUUUAUUAUUCGUUCGUUAUCAGCGAAAACCCAUUUCUCAUUAAUUUCAGUUUCAUUAAAUUUCAUAAACAAUGAAAUUAGUACAUGAGGCUCUCGUUGAAACAUUGUAUUUAUUGUGUUGUUGCAUGACCCAAUUACUAUGUUUGUGUAAUAUUUAUUCGAACAUCUUUCAUAAAUUAGUUUUUAGAUUUACUCCGUAUGGUAUAAUUUAUAGACUAAGGAAAUUAUAAAAUAUAUAUACUUUAAUUG